CCAUGUCGGUACCAAGUAAAGCAUCAGAAAUCAACUGAACUUUCAGUGAAAAACAUUUCAAGUUUAGCUUCGAAGUAAUUUUCUAAAAAAAAACUUUAAUACAAAAUGAAGACCUUCAUCAUCCUUGCUGCAGUGGUUUUAUGUGCCUGCCUCUACAGUGGUACUACCUCAGCUCAACCUGCCGCUGGAGCUGAUAUUGCAUUGGAUCUUUUGGAUGUAGAUGCACAAGCUUUGGGAGAUGCUGCUAUUGAAGCGGAAGCUGCUCCUAGCCGUCAGAAACGUGCUACUUGCGAUCUUUUGAGCAUCGCCAAACUUGGAAUUAAUCAUGCUGCCUGUGCUGCCAACUGCAUCAGAUUGGGUUACAAAGGUGGCUGGUGCAACGACAAGGCUGUCUGCAACUGUCGUCGUUAAUUGUGAAGUUAUCAGUAUAAAUCAAACAAUAACAUUUACAUUGUGCCAUUGUUAAAAUUAAUUUAAAAAAAUUUAUAUUUUAAUAAACCGAAUGGUUUUAAAUAUUAC